AUGCCCCCCUACGCAGCCUUCCACACCCCACACCCAGACUUCACACGCCCGGGGACAGCCACAGCUCCAGCCUUCUACGACACCGACGGCUCCCCCGUCUACGAAGCCCCCUACAACGCCCUCCUGCACACAAUCCUGGCAACCAACGACGUCGCCGCUCUUCGCCAAUACAGCUUGACCACGCCCGUCUUGUACAAACACUACGAGAUCGAGACAGAUCACCCUUUCCACAUUGCAGCCGAGAACCGCAGUUUCGAGGUGGUCAAGGCGCUGGUUGACAUCUACCGUGCACGCGGGGCCGUCACGAGGUCGAGUGAUUUUCCGGGCGAGACAGAGCCAGAGAAAGAGACACUGAAUGCGUAUCUUGAGCGUCAUCAUGUGUCGCUUCUCGAGGCCGGGUGCCGGGCUGCGGAUCGGGAGUUUGUCGCUUGGUUGGUGGGGCAGGAGCCGCCCUUGGGGAGUUUCAGGGGAAGCCCGAGGCCGGACGGUGACGGUGACUACUGUCCGCCGCUGUGGACUGCUGUGGCGGCGUUGAGGGCGCCUUGGAUGCCGAGGGAGGUUGAGAGGGAUGCGUUAGAGAUGGCAGAGGACAGCGCGCGGCGUGAGGCCUUUGUCUACUGGUUGCUGGAGCAGGGGUGCUCGGUGACGGGGUCGGACGUGCUCUGGCCACGUUCGAGGGUCGAGGGCAGGCCGCCGGCGGAGGGGGAGGAGGAGAUGCAACUGUACAGCAGUGUUCUUGGGGCCGCGGUGCCAGGGGCUAGCGGCGAGAUGGUGGCGAGACUCAUCGCGGAGGGGGCCGACCCGCACGCCCGCCAGAUGUUUCAUGACAGUUGGACGAUUCUGGAUGCCGAAAAUGUAGCACCGCUGCAUAUCGCCAGUUUGUUCUGGAAUCGGGACGCUGUGCGCGCUCUGCUGGAGCACAGCGGGGACAUUGGGCCGGCGGAGAUGGUCGCUGUCGCGGAUGGUCAGGGACGCCUCCCGCUGCACUGGGCUGUGAUGGGUCUGAAGAGUCCGCCAUGGGGCGCCCAGCAAGGCGGGCCAGUAGCUAAGGAGAUGAUGCUGGACACGGUGACUGUUCUCCUCGCGGCGAAUCCGGCCACGGCGAAUGCGGUCAACCACGAGGGAAACACCCCGCUGCACGAGGUCGUGAAGGGUGAGAUUCGGCAGGAUUGCACCGAAGGCUUCGAGCCUGACUCGAAUCACACCGACCGGGUGCGAGAUGCCCGGGCAGUUAUCGGGGUCUUGAUGGAUGCGUGGGCUGAGGUGGAGAGAGCAAAUGCCGCUGGAAAGACUGCAGAGCAAAUCCGGCAAGAGGGGAUCGUCGCCCGCGAGAGCUGGAGGCGUAUGCAAGCCGUUCAAAAUACAGGCCGAGGUCGAGGCCGAGGUCGAGGUCGUGGUCGUGGUCGUGGCCGGCCAUAG